AUGGCUGCAGCCGCGCCAGUUCCACCGAGGAGCUUUUAUUACGAGUUCGAGACGCUGAAGGGUUACUUCGCGCAAAGCGAGGACUCCACAGAUGAAGCUAAGUUUGAUUUUAUUAGGGAGGAGUUCGGACUUAUAGAGCGCAAGUACGACACAGAUACGGAUGCUGAGAAAGAUCAAGGUCAAUGGAGCAGGUUCGAAAGGUUCGUGAGAGACUUAGACGAGAAGAGUGGGGAGAGGGACGCUAUCAAGGUCCUGUUCCUGGGAAGACAUGGGCAAGGGUGGCACAACGUUGCGGAAAGCAAGUAUGGGACUAAAAACUGGGAUUGCUAUUUCUCCAUGCUCGACGGUGCAGACGGUAUGAUCUGGUCUGACGCAGUCCUCACUGAGGUGGGUCAGGGCCAGGCCAAAGACGUGCAUAGUCUAUGGCAACAGUUACUCCCACGGGGCAUCCCGCCGCCAGAGACGUACUACGUCAGCCCGUUGACAAGAACCAUCGAGACGGCGGAUCUGAGCUUCAAAGGGCUUGGUUUGCCGCAUGACAAGCCAUAUCGGCCCUACAUCAAGGAGCUUCUGAGGGAAGCCUUGGGAGUACACACAUGCGACCGUCGAAGCACCGCCUCCCACAUCCUCAAGACAUUCCCACAUAUCACGCUCGAGCCGAAUUUCUCCGAACCGGAUGUCCUCUGGGAAGCAGACUACCGCGAACCUCGGGCAGCUCGCCAGUAUCGCCUAUCCCAAUUGCUUGACGACAUCUUUGCAAACGACGACGGCGUCUUCCUCUCACUUACAAGCCACUCGGGUGCUAUAGGGAGCAUCUUGGCAGCAAUUGGACACAGGACAUUCGCGUUGCAAACAGGUGGAGUAAUUCCUGUGCUUGUGCGGGCUCGAAGAGUAGAAGGUCAGAGGCAAAAGCCGCCCAAGGAACCGAGCGAGGCUCCGCCGAAGUGCAAGGAACCUCCUGUGGAGGUAUAG